AUGGCAGAAAACGUGCCUCCAGGCUCAGCAUCGAAGCCGGCCGCCAAUGGCGACCGACCUGGACUGCCCUACUACGAGAAACUACGACGCGACUUGCGCGACACACUACAGAAGAAGCGCCUGAUCGACCGAAACAUGGCUGCUAUCGAAGAAACGAUCUAUCGACAAGAGACCGCAUACCUCGAAGAAACGUCUGCGGCAGGCAACAUCGUCAAGGGCUUCGACAAUUACAUCAAAGCCUCCGCUGUCACCUCGUCUGCCAACUCAGCCGGCGGGACGAUUUCUGGCAGUGCUGCAGGAGGCGGCGUUGGCGCAAGCGACGCAAGGCGGCGUGCAGUGAGCACGCCUGCACACGCUGGCACACCGACCGGGAGCUUUGCAGCGGACAAGACGGCAGACAAGAAGAAGAAGAAGGCUGCGGCGCAGCAUGAUGAGGAGUCAGAUCGGCCGAGCAAGCGGCAGAAGAUAUCUUUCAACUCAAGGAAGGGACAUGACGACUGA